CAGCCCUCUAAAACCCACUCGUGCAAUAUGGCUUCGAAGCAAAAAGUAUCUUAUUUUUGUUACCUGCAAAAAUAUACCCGAAAAUACAACUGCACUGGAUAAAUACCUGAGACAUGGGUUUCAAUCAUGGGCGGUAACUAAAAAGGUCGUUUUUACUGUGAGCUUCUUGGGCGUUUAGCCCUUCUUGCAAGGCUGCGUGCUGAGAACGAAUUUCAACCGUAGACCAUGUCUAAAGCCACGAAACGAAAACACGUGGCGAAAGAAGUAAUGGAUGAGUAUGUGGUACCCGAGGGAAAUCAGCAGAUCGUUAAGAUCACUGCUGGACGGGGCAACAAUCUGCAUGAAGUUCAAACAACAGAAGAAAAGAAUUAUCUGGUCAGCAUGCCCUCCAAGUUCAGGAAAAAUGUUUGGAUCAAAAGAGGUGAUUUUGUGAUUGUGGAGCCAAUAGAAGAAGGAAAUAAAGUUUGUGCAGAGAUUGUCCACAUCUUGUAUCCCAAGCAAAUCAAGUAUCUGAAGCAAGAAAACAUCUGGCCUGAGGCUUUUGCCGAUACGAAAAAAACAGCUCAUCAGGCAGCAGAUAAUUCUCAAUGUUCUGUUCAGAAGAGCAAUCAUGAACAGUAUGACGACAAUGACUUUGAUGAUGGUGAUGACAACGGCUUGUUUGUGAACACCAACCACCCCCCUGCUCUGGACGACAGUGAUGAGUCAGAUAGCUCUUUAGACGAGCAAGAAAACAGCAUGUAAACAGCAAGAUUGGUUUUGGUCUAAACAUUAUGAUUUACAUACAAGCCUUGCCAGACUGUGUUCUUUUUCUCUAAGAGGAGCUGACAAACCAUGUCCACAUUCCCAUGGUACCCCAAGGCCUUGCAACAUGCAGUAACUGUGAAUGAUGAAUUCCCUGGGUCUACCAUGCACACGAUUACACAUAUUAAAAAGUUCUGCUCUUCAAAGGAGCUCAUUUUAAAAUCCAAAAUCUUUAUCUGAAUACUGUAUUAAAAUCUAAUAUUCUAAAUCUUUAGUGCAAAGCAUUAAGAUACUUCUGUAUCUCAGGUUUAGUUGCUGCAGGUAGAAAAAGACCCAAUUUAAAAUAAUCACUGGGCCAAUCUAUUUUCUGUAAGGAGCAAUGAACAAUUACAAUAAGACGCUUACCACAAGUUAUCAUAAAUUGCUAUUUUUUAUGUUGACUUCUCUUGGAAAUAGCCGAGCUUGUUUUGACUUUUAAAUAAAAACCACGAAAUUUG